ACAUUUACUAACAUCGUUUACCCUUUUUGACCACAGCAAUUAAAACUUCCAGAAAAUGAUUAUAAUUAAUAUUGUUUCCCAAGUUUAAGUGUCGGGUAUGUUAUGUUUGUUUGUUGACGACCUAAAUAGCCCUUUAAAUAAAUAAAAAUGUUGAUAUUUCUUAUAUGUGCUAUAUUUACACAGUGAAAAACCGCCUGGGGUCAAAUUGACCGAUGCGUACAAGUUGUGUACGGGACAUUGAAAACAUGUGAAUUUUAUGUUUUCCCAGUUGUCCCCAAUAAAUUAGGAAAAGUCAUGAAAUAUGAAGCAAAAAACAUGAUGUCAAUCUCUUUUUUUUAGAGACGUUAAACAUUGUAUGGGGUCAAAUUGACCCCAAAGGUAAUAGGAGGGUUAAAAUGUUGCCUGCAACCGUUAUGCGACGUUCACUGCUAACCACACAUUGGGGCUUCUUCAACAUAUAAGCAGCACCAAUGCAUUAUGGGGGUUAAAGUGGUCCAGCUCACCUCGAGGUUCCACCAGCAGCACCUGCUGUCCUCUCUGGACCAGCUGCGGCUGCAGGGCCAGCUGAACGACGUCACGGUGCAGGUGGACUACCAGGGAGACGUGCAGGAGUUCCAGGCCCACCAGCUGAUGCUGGCGGCGUCCAGCGGCUACUUCAAGAAGCUCCUCCUCUCUCAGGAUGCCGCCGCCCGAGACAGAGUGCAGCUCUCCAACAUGCACUCCGGCGAUUUCUCCAAGUUUUUGGAAUUUGUGUACACCGGUAAGGUGGAAGUCGUCAGAGACAAGGUGGGCGACGUUCAAGCGGUCGCACGCCUCCUGGACUGCGAGGAUCUGGCCGACGUGUGCGGCGAGGCCAUGAGCGCCGGAAUCCUGCAGAGGACGACGAAGAGGAAACCCGCGUCGAAAGUCGCCGUCAAAGGCGAGAAGAAGCGGCCCAAAGGCGUCUCUCUGAAGCGGCGGCUGUCUCCGCAGAGCUCUGACAAGGAGGUGAUUCCCAAAAGGAAAAGAACAAAGGGCAAAGCGGAGGAUAAAAAACAACACGGACGAAUCCUAAAGCUGAGGCUGGCCGGCCGCCAAGUCCUCCAGAGGCGUUUGGAUGCUAAAAUGGAGGGUGAGCGCGACGACGGAGACGGCGGCGCCGGCGAGGACGACGCCGAGGCUCCGGAGGAGAAACGACGCCGGUCUUCGUUCGGAAGGCCGGUCCCCGAUGUCGAUUGGGAAUGUGAGGAAGAUGGGCACAGCAGUGAUCCCGAAGACUCCUUGUUGUUGUCUCUGGGGGAAGAAGAGGGGGAAGAAGAGGAGGAGGAGGAGGAGGGACAGGCCAAGAAGAAACUAAAAAGUACCUCCAAGGCCCAGUUCCAGUGUAACAAGUGCCAAAGGACCUUCCACUACGAGAGAAGCUACCUGAAGCACAUCAGUACGUACCACGGCGUGAAGGCGGACCUCAUCUACCGCUGCGAGACGUGCCAGCAGAGCUUCGCCAACCGCAGCAACAUGAAGAUCCACGAGAAGCACGUCCACAGCAGCGAGCGGCUGUUCGCCUGCGACAUCUGCGAGAAGACCUUCAAGAGGAAGAAGGACGUGGUCCGCCACCAGAGACAGGUACACGAACCCAACGACCUGCGCCACGUGUGCCCCGCCUGCGGCAAGGCGCUGAGCUCCAGGACGGCCCUGCUGCUGCACGAGAGGACGCACACGGGCGCCAAGCCCUUCGAGUGCACCGACUGCAGCUCCAGGUUCUCCCAGAACUCCGCCCUCAAGAUGCACCGCAGGACUCACACGGGAGAGAAGCCGUUCGCGUGCGACGAGUGCGAAGCUCGCUUCACUCAGAAGCACAUACUGGCGUACCACAAGCGGUCGCACACGGGUGAGAAGCCCUUCAUGUGCGAGGCCUGCGGGAAAAGCUUUGCGUCCAAAGAAUACCUGCGACACCACUCCAACAUCCACACCGGGUCCAAGCCGUACAAGUGCCAACAGUGUGGCCGCGGCUUCGCUCAGAGGAAUUCCCUCCACCAGCAUUUAAAGACGCACACAGGCGAGCGUCCGUACGGCUGUCAGGAAUGCGAGAAGCAGUUCACCCAGCUCAACGCGCUGCAGCGGCACCAGCGCAUCCACACCGGGGAGAAGCCGUACAUGUGCGGCCUGUGCCGACGCACCUUCACCGACAAGUCCACGCUGCGCAGGCACACGCUGAUUCACGACUCGGACGCUCCCUGGAAGACGUACCUCGUGGUGCUGGAGGGGAAUGUGGAAGACAAGAAAACCAAAACUCCCACGAAGGGAAAGACGGAAAAAGCGGGAGGGAAGGAGAGAAAGAGUACGCCGAAAAAAGGCGCCGCUGGUACCGGUGCUGCCGACGCCGACUCCUUCGCGGUGCCGUCUGAAGCGGUCACGCUGCCGUCCGAUUGGACCGGCGAGGGGACCAUCGCCCUGAUCAGCCAAGGCGCCCUCGGCGGGAUCGCCAUCUUCCACACCGAGAUGGCGCCGGGGGCCCAGAUCCAGCCCGCCGGGACCGCCCUCCCCUUCUUGAUGCCGGCGGCGUCCGUCCUGGAAGAGGCCGCCUCGCAGACCAUUUUGGCUCCGCCUCCAGAGACUACGGGCGCCUCCGAGGCGGCCGUUACGCCGCCCGACAUUCAGACCGGGGUCGGCGGCGACGAGGUUUGCGCAACGGGACAAACGGCCGACGGCGAGCGGCGAGCAGACGCCGUGUAGAAUAAGUGAACAUCGUUUAAAUCAGUGUGUGUGUGUAAAUCAUGUGAUUUUGGGAUGGUGGGAUUCAUUAAAUCUCUGAAAUGUGAAA